CGCUCCCCCGGGCGCGCCCCGAGCCGCGCCCAGGUGGCCGGAGUCGAGGCGCCCGGAAACGGCCGGCUCCGCGGGCCUCCCGCAGCCCUGCCCUGGCAGGAGGGACCGGGUUUUGUUUUUCAAGGCUUGCCAAGUGAUUUUGCAAGUCGGGGACUUAGCUUAAUGAAAGAUUCCUAGUGAUCGCGUAGCCCCGCGCAUCUUCAUCCCAGCCGCGCUUCAGCAUUCUCAGGAGAGCUGGUUUAACACCUGUUUCGUAAUAUCCAUUAAAAUAAAUGCCGUCCGGUUGGAUUUCUAAGAAUCUACCGAAGAAUUACACUCUUACCAAAACCCGACGGCAAGCCUCUACAGCUGUUGAAAAAAAGGAGAAACCUCUUCCAAGACUUAAUAUCCAUUCUGGAUUCUGGAUUUUGGCAUCCAUUGUUGUGACCUACUACGUUGAUUUCUUUAAAACCAUUAAAGAAAACUUUCACACUAAUAGUUGGUUUGUCGUUGGCGGCGCCCUGCUGCUCCUCAGCCUGUCGAUUGCAUGUUACUGCAUCCUCUACCUGGAGUGGUGUCGUGGAAUUGAAGAUUAUGACGUCAAGUACCCCACCUUGAUACCCAUCACAACUGCUACUUUUAUCGCGGCUGGGAUUUGCUUCAACGUUGCUCUGUGGCAUGUGUGGUCCUUCCUCACCCCGCUGGUGUUGUUUACUCAGUUCAUGGGGGUUGUGAUGCUCAUCUCACUCCUUGGAUGACUUCUAAAGGUAGGAGUUCUGGAAUGGUAUUUCUAAUAUUGAACUCAUUGGAACAGUGACUUCCUCUAUGACAGUUUUCAGGUGGCGGCCCACCAAUGGCAGACUACUUAGCAACUGUUUAUUCACUGAACUCUGAGAUGAAAGGGACUGAGGCCCCUUUCCUUUUGCAUAAUUUAGCGCUUCUUCGGUAUGGCACCCACCCUUCAGAGAUGUCACCAAGACAGUAUCUGCACCCUCCAGUAUGGAAAAGUUCACGCUGUAGGUUAUUUUCUCCUGAAGUCAGCUUCCAUCACCUGAUACACACGUGACGACUGGCCAGGUCGUUCUGACGGAUUGGCAACAUAGGAAGAAUGGGCACUCUAACCCACUCUGACUGUUCUGGCUGCUUCCUAACGGACGACGCAUCAACCUUUUCCUUCCAUGUUCCUUAUAGGGUUUCUUCCUCUCCACCAACAACUGCCCCCCUGGGCCCGCUGCCUUGCACAGUGGGGUCUGUUUGUCGAGUAUCAGAUGACUCAUUUAUCACACAAAUAUGUAUUGAGAACACUCCCUCUGCAUGCUGAGGGACAUGGGGAGAAAGACCGAGGCAGCCCCUCCCUUCCCGUCCCUUACUUCAGAGCUUGGAGGACAUCUACUUGGUGCAUCACUUUACAGGCAUGAAAACAGGCCCAGAGAAGUAAAAGUUAAUAUAUACUAAGUAAAUGACUGGAGUGCUAAAGAAAACUGGCUUCAGCUAACAGCAUGUGCUCCCUUUGGAGUUUUAUUUUUUCUUUUUAAAGAUUUAUUUGAGAGAGAGAAGGAGGGAGCGCACUAGUUGGGGGGAGCUGCAGAGGGAGACGGAGAAGCAGGCUCCCCGCUGAGUAUGGAGCCUGACGUGGGGCCCAGUCCCAGGACCUCACGAUCAUGACCUGAGCUGAAGGCAGGUGCUUAACUGGCUGAGCCACCCAGGCGUGCCCCGCCCCCAACUUCGGCAUUUUAAAGGAGAGUCACUGUACCCACAUAAAGGAGAAACGGACAUAAUGUCAUUGCUCCCGGGCUGCAAGUCGUCGCUGUCAUGGCCCUGACCGCGCUGGGGUGGAGAGUCCCCUCCACAUGCUGUGCUGUGUCCGGGGCCACCUGGCCUCUCUGUAGCCCUUUCUCCCGGUUCAGGUGUGUCACCACAAGACGUCGCCUCACCUGACCACGUGUCCUGCCACUCCCCUUCUCUCAGGUGUCGUUAACAUUUUUGGCUGUUGUUUUGACUUUUUACACAUGUUCAGGAGCUUUUGACAUCCUGCUGAUGUGAAUUUAUAUUUGGUAAUGGAGAGCCAGAGAUGUUGUAGACAUGUGGACUAAACUGCGCUUCUCACAACAGAUCCAGAAGCUGAAGAUAGAAUGUCUCACAUUGGAUAUCAAUGCUCGUUUCCUCUCAGGUUUUAGAGCGCGUCAGUGUGAACGCUUCAACCCCCAGCUGGCUGAAAGCUUCGCAGACGUAAUGGAAAUGCUACAGUGCGUUUUUGCAUCUAGGAAGUGAGUGGUUUCCUGGGAAAAAUUUUAACUUUGCAGUCUGGUUGAAAUCAGAAUAAAUUCAAGCUCUUUUGCCUGUUCUUAAACUCAAUAAUUAUUGAAUUUUUCAAAUUCAAAAUAGAAGUAGUUGGUUUGCAGUGUUAAUCUGUUUGAAUCAUUGGCGAAAGUAUUGGUGUAAACAUUUAAGCAGCGUUUCAUUAUAGGUACAUGAUGUCCUCCCAAAAUUGCAAAUAAGUUGUUUGCUCUUUGGUUGUAUACGAUCACUGGGUGUAUAUAAAGGAAUGAUCGUGUCCUGUGCCUUUAACCCAGCUUCAGCAAUUACUAUAUUUCUCAGUUUUGUAAUAGUCUUGUUAGGUGAGAGGACCAUUUGGAAGCAUUUUAUGUGUUCAUAUCACUUUAGAUUUCAUCAUGUGUAAAUUCCUGUGUUUCUAGCAUUUGUUUACUUAUCAUUUUAAUCAUUUUAAGUAUGUAUAAUUUUUUAAAUCCUUUUUUAAUCAUUUUUAAGUAUGUAUAAUUUUUUCCUUAAUGUUUAAAUAAAAUAUUUUUAUAACUUU